CGGUGAAGUAUAGCGAACGAGAAAGGUUGUGUCUGAAUGUGAUAUCUCGGAAAAUGCGCUUAAAAUAGAAUCCAUUGUAAGAAUUCGUAAGCGAACUUUUUUCUUGUUGUUCAUCGAAAUUCUACCAUGCGUUUCUCUGUCAUCGGAGAUUAAAGUUGUUUAUUGUGAAAAGAAGUUUGCAUUACGCGCAGGAAAUAACGGGAAACAAAAUAUUCGUUUUGUUUGGACGCUCGUUUCGUUGUGCGCCGGAUCAAUAAAAUGAGAUGUUUUCUUUUCGAAAAUUAAAAAUGCAAGCAGCAUGCUAUUGAAUCUUUUCUGACUUUUUUGCUUCCUUUUACCCAUUUUUAAAGCAUUAACAAUUUUUGCUCCAUAAAAUGUCGUAAAGAAAUAUCUUACAUCUCAAAUCGUCUGAUAUUUCAGAAUCCGAAAGCAAAACUUUUUAAAAAGAUUUGUAAAAACAGAAAGAUAAUCUUUUAAAAAAAUCAGAUUUUGGAAGACGAAUAUGGCAAGCAAUGGAGAGGUGACAAGCCUUUCGUUAACUAAUUUUAAAUGGUUGACAAGAAAAAGUCAUUCACAUGUUGCUUCAAGUUCCAGCAGUGAAAGACCAAAAUCGGAGUGCUUGCCGAAAUCGAAUGUUACGUUACCAGGAUUCCACAAUAAUUUUAUAUCAGGUGACAGAAAUGGGGAACGGUGCAUUGUUUUGAGGAACGACAUAGGGCGAUCUAUUUCUUCUGAAUCCGAAGAUAGUUCCUGCACCUCAAGGCAGAAUUCGAUUGAUUCUUCAUUAUCAUCUUCAUCUAGUUCCACUGAUGGAAUGAGUGCUCAUGAUCUUCUUGAACGUUUGAAUAUUGGCUCUAGAUCUGUACCAAGUAGUCCUAGUGGACCUAAGUACAAACUUAUUCAUGAAGGGGAUAUUCAAGUGUGUAGAUUAAAUCAUUCACGAACUGUCAUCAGUAAGAUUUUGAGCUCCAAGUUCUUACGGAGAUGGGAGAGCCAUCAUCUGUAUCUUAACCCCACACAAAUGCAUUCUAAAACGCCUUGCGGGUUUAUGGAGGAAGCCGUCCAAUAUGCCCUCAUAGAAGACGUUUACAUCUUAGUCACGUGCGAAACCACUCAGAAAUAUUGCGUCUGCGUCGAUUUGCCUGAUGGUUCGCUGCUGCUCCAGGUGAAUAAUGCUUACGUGCGGGACCAGUGGCUUCAUUCUAUUAUAUGGAAGAGGAAUAUGUUGAAGUACAGGAAGUUGCUCAGCAACACUAGACGAUCAGAUGUCUUCUUAAAAGAGCUUAAAAGCUUGGUCGAGAUGACGCUGACCACUCCUCUCCAGAAUGACUCUAUUUAUAACUCUCCUCUCGAACUUAUCUCUGAAUUACUACAAGAAAAUUUGGUGUGGCUUCCUAAAUCUCAUCAUGAGGAAAUAAUCUCUGUGAUAUGUCCAAUUUUAGAACUGACCACCCCGACGCCUGAAGUCUGUGACUUUCUAACAAAGUAUUGUCGGGAAAAUCCACGAUCUCGCAUAGUGUUAGAAUUGUUCAUUCCCAUUGUACAAAGAAUACUCAAGCACAAUAUGGAUUUUGGAAAAUUUCCGAAAACUAGAGUUUUUGUCCAAGAAUAUAUCCAGGCACUCAGCUAUCAAAAUGAUGGAAAGGCAGUUUUAGAAAAAUUCAUCAACAGCAUUCACGGGGUGUCAAGUGGUUGUCCUCAUCCCCGGGUACUUCCGAAUCUGGUAUCUGUGUGUUUGGCAGCUGUCUACGCACUCUACGAGGAAAAGAGGAAUUGGUCUGUGGAUGACAGAAACGAUGCUUCAGUGCUCGCUAGCGAUUGGGAAAACAGGCUUGUGUCGUUUGUCUCCAUGCUGGAAUUCAUUUCUGCCCAUGAAGACUGGCUGCCAGGUCUUUCUCAGUUGUUGCAACCUAUUCCAUUCCCGGAUGAUGCCCUGGCUGAUUCUCUAUUCACAAAAAACUUGAAGCCUGUGCUAGAACGAAUCUGCAAAGACGAGAGAUGCGAUGUCCAUCUCAUGGUCAUGGGCGUUCGAGACGAAAAAGAAGGUUGGUUGCACCUCUACUGCCCUGGAGGAAUUGCUUGCGACGAUGAAGGCGAACUAUGGAGUACGAUGCUAAAGCAUCUGCUGGAGUGCUGCUGCCGACGCAAGAAGUUCCUGGAGAAUCUCACAAAGAGCAUCGGACCCUGCAUGCUGAGGGCCCUUCGAGGUGAUGCUACCCUUCAAUCUGUUCUGUGUUCCAUGCUUGAGUUGGAGGUGAUCGACAACAAGGAUCUUCAAGUGCAGAUGAUAACAACUCUGCAAAGCACACCCUCUGGGAAGCAGCUAUAUGCCUCUCUUUGCCAGAGGCAGCAGCAUCUACGAGAACUGCAACAAAAAGGUGGACCUAGGAAAUUAACUUUACCAUCAAGAUCGACAGACAGCGAUGUGGCUAAGCUCCUGAGCUGCGGGUCUUUCGGCAACUUGGAGUGCUUGUCCCUGGCCUUCACGCAAGUGACCAGUUCCUGUGCGGAGCAGUUGAUCAAGUUGCCCUCUUUGCGCUACCUCAAUCUGUGGUCCACGCAGUUUGGAGACGGAGGCCUGCUAUUAAUCUCUGAGCACCUACCCAAACUACAAACACUCAAUCUGUGCGAAACGCCAGUCAGCGAUAAAGGCCUGCAAUGCCUCGCUAGCAUGAAAAGUCUGAGGAAACUUAACUUAAACAGCACCAGUUUAACAGCCCAAACCUUCGAAAAGCUGAAGCAAAGUUUACCAGCUUUACAAGAAUGUGAUAUUCGUUACACUGACGCCUGGUAAUGUGCUUCUAUCAAAACUGGGAGCAUUCAUGCGAAAUCAGUCAUUUGUAAUUUUACAGCUUUUUGUUUACCUGAUAAAAAAAAGUCAGGGAUUUUCAUUUUCAUUUUCAUUGUUCACAACUAAAUGACGAGCUGAAAAAAUAACCGCAUUUGCUCUUUAAAUUAGUGUAUUCCAUUAGAUCAGUAUCUCUAUGUGUGAAACAUGUUCUGCAAAAACAAAAGCAUUAGUGUACAUCGUAGAGUGAAAAGUGGAAUGUAGAGGUGCAUUUAUUUAAAUCUGGAGGAUUUUUUUUAGGUAAAAAAUAUGAUGUAAUUUUUUUUUUACUUUGCACAUUUUUUUUCGUGGCGAAACCAGUAGUAUGAAUAAAAUAAUGCACGAAAUUAAUUUUCGUUUCAAAUCCAUAGUUUAUUUCAGUUAUGAUUAAACUCUAAAAAUAUUUUUUUAAAUUAAUUUUUGCUUCGAAUAGACUUUCUUACUGUCAAUUCAAACGUUGUUGGAAAAGAAUCAAUGUUUCUUGCAAAUAAUGUACUUUGAAGAAAAGUUUUGCAAAUGUUGAUAUUCAUUAUAAAUGUUAACCGAAUAAUAACGUGUUUUCUAAUUUAUAUUUUUAUUGUUUAAUAAUUUUUUGAUGUUACUAUUCCUGGUUUUUAAUUUAAGCUAAUUUGUCUUUACAAUAUGCAUUAACUGUAAUAAUGUGUAAUGAUAUGCAUUAACUGUAAUAAUGUGUAAUAAUAUGCAUUAACUGUAAUAAUGUGUAAUGAUAUGCAUUAACUGUAAUAAUGUGUAAUGAUAUGCAUUAACUGUAAUAAUGUGUAAUGAUAUGCAUUAACUGUAAUAAUGUGUAAUAAUAUGCAUUAACUGUAAUAAUGUGUAAUAAUAUGCAUUAACUGUAAUGUGUAAUAAUAUGCAUUAACUGUAAUGUGUAAUGAUAUGCAUUAACUGUAAUAAUGUGUAAUGAUAUGCAUUAACUGUAAUAAUGUGUAAUGAUAUGCAUUAACUGUUAUAAUGUGUAAUGAUAUGCAUUAACUGUAAUAAUGUGUAAUGAAUAUGCAUUAACUGACUCUAAUAAUGUGUAAUAAUAUGCAUUAACUGACUCUAAUAAUGUGUAAUAAUAUGCAUUAACUGUAAUAAUGUGAUUGUAGUGGCUUUAUGAGGGCAAGGGCACCCUGUGCCUGAUAUGUUUUCAUCCCAAUGUUAUUAAAAUUUUUGUAAUUGUAAGUGGCAUUCAAGUUAUUUUGUGUUUAACCUUUAGAACAUAUAAAUAACUGAUGCUUUAUAUCUGUGGCACUCCUUGGACUGCCUACUGGGGCAUGUAUACCCUUUGUUUACCCUUGCCACUACAUAAUUAGUUAAUUUAAUUAUAUAUCGUAAAUCAUUUUUCUCAGAUAAUUUCAUCAUUUGCAUCUUUUAUUUUUUAUUUAAAUUUUCAAUUGAAUAAACAAUUUAUAGUUAAAAAUUUGUUUUGAAUCAUUGUCAAAUUUUAUAAAUUUGUUCUCCUUAUUAGUCAGAAAUGUAUUCAGUUUUAAUUUGUAAAUGAAUGUUAGUAGUGACUUAGUGAUUGUAUAGUUAUAACUGUUGUCAUUGUAUGCAUUAAUAAUUUGCAUACAGUUUUUGCAUAUCACAAAAUUAUGUGAACAAAGCUUACAUCAAAUUGUGAUUCAAAUCGAUGUGAUCUAGCUCUUAAAGGAGCUGGAGCUUAAGUACGAUUAAUAUAGCAUCAAAAAAAAAACUUGUAGUGAAAAAAAUUUAAUUUCUUCCCCUAAUCUAGCUGUAAUAUAUGUCAUAAUUGUUCCAAUAUGAGUUUCCCUUCAAUUCCAUUGUGAGUCAUUAUAUGUAAUUUGUCAAACAGCUUUUGGUGUUUUCAAAUUAGCUUGGUUAGAAUGAUAAAUAUCUUUUUGUGUGAUUUUUAAGGUAGUUUGUAGGUGUGAAUUUGUGAUACAUAAUUUAGUGUGACUUUUAAAGCAUAGCUGUUUGUAUUCACUUAACUUUUGUAUGGUUUUUUGUAAGUGUUAUUUAAAAAAAUGCAUCGCACGUUCAGUUUUUCAGUAGCAAAAUGGCAUUAGAUGUUAGUGUUUAUUUAAUGCAUAGAUUAAUUAGUAAUCGUUCGAGUUAGAAAUAAGUCACUUAAUUGUAAAGUGAAAAAUAGAUUGUGCUGUUUCUUUUUUAUUUAUUUAUUGACUACGAAGUAAUAUUUGUUUUAUUUCGUGUUUAUUUUAUUUUUAUUGUUUUGGAAAGAAUUAUUUUGCAGAAAAUAAAAAAAAAUUCGGUUAUAGUUUCAGUUUUUCAUUCGUUUGCUAAUUAUUUUUGUGAUGAAAUUAAGCAGUAUUCGAAUAACCACAAACCAUAGUUGAAAUAAAAUUUAUUUUUCUAUUUUCUACUGAUUUUUAUUUAAUGCAUGACGAAACUUUGAUUUAUUUUGUACUUCAUUAUAUUUUUAAUUCCAUUCGUAAUAUUUUGACAAACUUGCAUUAAAUCUACUGUGCUUUAGUGUCAUUAUUUAACUAGAAUCCAUCGUUGGGCUGCCAUCUAUCGUGCUUUGAUGGUAUUUUUUUUCCUGAAAAAUAUAGAGAAUGUUCUCUAACAGGCAUCCAUUGUGGUGAAAUUAUUUAUUUUUCUUACACCAACCAACUUAUAAAAGAAAUUCCAUGAUUUACAAAACGCUCUGAACCCGUUUCAAAAGCUAAGAACUUUCAAUGGUGCUCAUUUUGUAUGGUUUUAUCGUGAUAAUUGCAAACUCUUGCUAAUGAAAUACAAGAUGUGUGCUAACUCAAAUCUACUGUAGUGUUUUUCUUUUUAAAUGUACUGUGUCAUCUCAGAAUUUGUCAACCCUUCAUUGCUCUACCACGUUCCCCACCACUUAAAGCACUGUGAUUGUUUUUUUUUUUUUUUUUUUUUUUUUUUUUUUUUGUUCACAUUCUUGAACGCUUUUACAUUGUAUGUAUUUGUUCAAUGUUUUCGAAUAAAAAA